CAACUCCUCUUCAUGAUGGAUGCUCAGACUCCUGCUCUUGUCUCCUGUCAGUGGCUGGCAGAUGCCAUAAAGAAUAAUCUCGUGGGUCCAAAACUUUCAGUCCUGGACAGCUCCUGGUACCUUCCCAAAGCCAAGCGGAACACCAGAGAGGAGUUUGCUCAGAAACACAUCCCGGGCGCGUCGUUCUUCGACAUAGACGAAUGCUGCGAUGAGAGCUCGGAGUUUGACCACAUGCUGCCGACCUCCAGCCUCUUCUCUCGGUAUGUGGGAGAUCUCGGCAUCGGCAACGACACGCACGUCGUCGUGUACGACACCAGCAGCGCGGGUUCGUUCAGCGCCCCCCGGGUGUGGUGGAUGUUCCGGGUGUUCGGCCACAGAUCGGUCUCGGUGCUGGACGGAGGCAUGAAGCUCUGGGAGGCUGACGGACACCCGGUGAGCUCCGAGUACAAGAAGCCCGAGCGUAGAGACUUCCAGGCGACCCUGAACGCAUCAUGGGUGAAGAGCUACGAGGACGUCCUGGAGAACAUCAAGACCAAGGAGGUCCAGGUGGUGGACGGCAGGUCUGCUGGCAGGUUCAAGGGUACUGAUCCAGAACCCAGAGCAGAUAUCCACCCCGGACAUUUCCCCGGAGCCAUCAACAUGCCGUACCCAACCUUCCUGGAUUCUUCUGGAAAACACCUCCAAACCGAGGCCCUGGCCAAGCUCUUCAAGGACGCCGGGGUGGACCUGGAGCGUCCACUCUGGGCUUGCUGUGGCUCUGGAGUCACCGCGUGUCACAUCAUCCUGGCCGCCGAGCGGCUCGGACACCCAGGGGUCCCUCUUUACGAUGGCUCCUGGUGCGAGUGGUUCCAGAGGGCCGACAAGGAGAACAUCAUUUCAGAGUGGGAGAAGAAGAAGGAGUGAAUGAAAGAACCKUUUCCAACAUGGUGCAAAUGUGAAUAUGCUGCAAAUAGAAAAAAAAAAGAAAAAGCAGACGUAAUAUUAAUGUUUUCACUAAGGAUUUAGUGCACUCCGUGGACAGCUGCAAAUAUAAUGUAAUAAAAUUAAUCUGUGACUAAUUCAACAGCUUCAAAUACAUUUUAAUGUAACAUGAUCAAAUUUACAGUUAAUGGGUGCAAGAGCUACCUUUUAAUGUUACUCAAACCGAACAUGACUUAUUUAAACAAAAAGCUACUUCUAAAAAACUUUAAUUUGAACAAAACAUGACUUUUUUAAGACUUGCAACAAAUAUGUUUGAAAAGAUUUUGACCAAACGUCUUUYUCUCCGGGUCUAAGUCUGAUUAAUUCUAGAACAAAAUGAAUAUAUAUGAUGUAUUCAGCUGUACUAUGUGCAAUGUUUAACUCAUAUGGAAACAUAAAAGCAUAUUCUAUUUAAAAAAAACUAAAGAAGUGUCCUUUGAUAGUUGCUCUGAAAAAGCCUUAAAAGUGCACUUAUUCUUUAGCUGCAUCGUUUUUAUCUCUAAUAUUUUCUGUCAGUGUUGAACUUGAAGCUGAUGUUUGUUGUUUUGUUCUYUUGGGGUUUAUAAAAAUAUGAUAAAAACCAGAUAAAAGAUACUAAAACUUGAUCACUACAUGUUUAAAUAUGGUGCUGGGGGAAAAGUGCAGUUGCACAAUUUCUGUGUUUUUUUUUUUUGUUUUUUUUUUUGCAAUGAUUGUUUUAUCAAGAGUUGUUCAAGUUUAUGCAUUUUCAUCAAUAAAGUUAAACCAGUUAA